GUCAUAGCUUUACCUUUGACACACAGGUGAAGAUACCCAGAGCAAGGUAAACUCUUCAGAUGAUAAUGUCCUAAUGCUCGAUUUUAGCCUACAUCGAUUACUGAAAGAACGAACUAGAUAUCAUUCACGUAAAUGUGGAUUCUGACGUAACUAUGCGUCUUGUUACGUGCACUUGUAGCAUCUUCGAGCUCAGGAGCUCUGUUCAUUUUUUCGCAUUCUAAAAAAUGACAUGCCAUGUAGUUUAUAACUGACUACAAAAAGCUUAAGACGCGUUUUUUGAGUGUCUGUAUGUGUAAUUAAAAUUAGAAUUUCAGAUUUGACAACUUUGAGACAGUUGCGUGGGCUCGUGCAGCCCCUCCCACCUGUUUUCAUUUUCGGACUGUAAUAAUCUUAAAGAUUCUUGAUAGAUCAGCGCAUUUGAAAGUUUCUGGCAACCACAGCUAACAGGUUUUUUACUGGAAAACAACAGUUUACAUUAAUUUAGCAGUUGAAUCAGCUGGUGAAAUUUUACAACACUUAAGAACUGAUCUCAUGAUCAAAUGUGCGACGACCAGGAAGCACAAGAAGAUGAACUGCUGGCUCUAGCAAGCAUAUAUGAUGAAGAGGAGUUUUGCAGGGCAGAAUCAGGACGGGAGGGUGAGAUCCAUCUGUGCCUUGAGCUUCCUCCUGACUUCAAACUGAUAAUGAAGGGGCCGGCAUGUGUAGAGUAUGGUAUAUCAUUUCUACCCUCCUUGGUUCUGAGUUUUGAUCUACCUAUGGAAUACCCUUCAUCAUCAACUCCAGUCUUUACUUUAAGCUCCAAAUGGCUCACAAGAGUCCAGAUCACUGCACUUUGCAAGAGACUGGAUGAACUUUGGGAGGCGAACCGGGGAAAUGUGGUUCUUUUUACCUGGAUCCAGUUCCUAAAAGAAGAGACUCUGGAAUACCUUGGCAUCCAUUCUCCACUUGAGAUCCAAAGAUUUGCUGGUCAGUCUCAGGGAGAAUCUGGCCAGACGCAAGCAGCAGAAAAAAGUAAACCGCAAGAAUUAGACCCAAGAGCUGUUCAAGAAGUCGAUCCUCGCACAGACAUGCUAAACCAGCUGCUGGAUUUUGAUGAAGCUCAAAAGCAGAAAGUGUUCGAUGGAAAGGUCUUCUGUUGUGGGAUCUGCUUCUCUGAGAAGCUUGGUUCCAGCUGUUUGCUCUUUAAAGAGUGUCAGCAUGUCUACUGCAAGGCCUGCAUGAAGGAAUACUUUGAGAUCCAGAUCAGAGAUGGUAAAGUGCAGUGCCUUGACUGUCCUGAGCCGGAGUGUACGUCCGUAGCCACACCGACACAGGUGAAGCUUCUGGUGGGAGAAGAGGAGUUUGCCCGCUACGACCGUCUCCUCCUGCAGUCAAGUCUGGACCUGAUGGCAGAUGUUGUUUACUGUCCCCGCACAAGUUGUUGCAUGCCUGUGAUGGUGGAGCCUGAGAGCACUAUGGGCAUUUGCACAUCUUGUCGAUACGCUUUCUGUACCCUCUGCAAGCGAACCUACCAUGGCCUCUCCAUCUGCAGAAAGGUUGAGAUUGGCAGGUUGGUGCACGAGUGUGAUGAGGAACAUCUUGAAAAGGAGUGUCUGAACGAAACAUUGACUGAAAAAUGGUUGAAGGAAAACUGUAAACCAUGCCCAUCCUGUGGCGUGCAAAUACAGAAGGUGCUGGGCUGUAACAAGAUGACAUGUACCUCUUGUUGGAUGUAUUUCUGUUGGAUCUGCUCUACAAUUCUUAAUAAAGCGAAUCCCUACGGGCACUUCCAAGACCAAAACUCACCGUGUUAUGACCGAAUGCAUGAGGAAGUCCCAGUGGAACAGCAGUGAAGGCCCGUGACAUAGGCAGUUUCCUAGGGAGCAAAAUGACCAGAGGGGCGCCAGACGAGAGCGCAAAAACGAGACAUGUAAACAGCUUCUUGCAUCAUGACGCAAUUAUGAUUAACUAUGAUUGAUAUAACUUUAUCAAUUAAAGUAACGCAUUAAUUAUGCAUGUGUAACGGCCUUGUGGUUAAACCACCUGCUUCCCAAUCAGGACUCCUUGCCUGUUUUAAGUUCGUAUCACACUAGGAGCAACUUGCUUAUUUAGAACCAUUUUACUGGUAACACUGACACUGCGUGCUGUUUUUGACUUAUUUCAAGUAAGUGAACUGCAAAAAGUGUUUACUGGCACAGUGUAAAGAAAAUCCAAAACAAUACAAUAAGCUUUUAUUUGUGUCCCUACAGCAUUUGCGCAGAGAUUUACAAUAUUUUUACAUAAUUUUCUGAUAUUUUUAUUUAUUUAUAUAUUUAUUUAUUUUGUAUAGUGGGACGCAAUCUAAAAUCUUGCCUAGGGCACCAACAGAGGCUGGGCCGGCCCUGGCGACUGGUCCGCUAUAGUAGAAAGUCCAGGGGUCUCAUUUAUAAAACUAUGGGUAGGAUCCUAACUAAAAGUGUACCUGCGCCCGAAAGCCAAAAAUAGCUUAUGCCAAAACAUAUUCAGUACACACACCUGUAAGCAAUAUUCGCUAUAUAAAUCAUAGAUCACCUUCAAAUGUGCGUACGUGAAUCAUCCUCAUACCCUGCCCUUUACACGCCCAUUUUUUAACAUAAAUAGUCAAUGCAAAGCACCUCAUGAAUGCUGAUCUUUGUAUUAAUAAACCUAGCACCCAAUCCGCUUGUUAAGCCUCAGUCACGCACCACCAUAUAUGGUACCAGACGCUACCAGAUGCCAUAGGAAAAUAACAAAAAAUGAAAUAAAACUGUCGAAAACCCCUGAUCCCAUCCUUUAUCUCCACAACGAAAUCACAAAUAUCCACACAUGCGAUUCACAGCACUUUACAAUUUAUAAAUAGUUAUAAUUAAUAUAAAUAAUUAUUCUUAAUUAUUAGAAUUCUAUUAAAGCCAAAGAAGGUCUCUGCAUUAUUUAUAUGUUUACAGCAGUUAGACUGAUCAUUAACACCUUGCCAAAAUCACAUAAUUAAUUAGUGGUGUCCUUCACCUGAGAUAACAUUUGAAGACAUAAAUGUAAAAGACGAAUGUUCAGAUUUUUUUUGGUGCAAAAAAGUUUUGUUAUGUUUUGUUAUGAAUAAGAACUGAUAAGGAGGAUGAUUUAUGCACAGUUUUGUAUAUUAUUCAAUUCUUGACAUAUUUCAUUUACUGACAUGAUAUGGGCCUAUGUGUUAAUAUAAGUCUGGCACUGAUAUUUAUGACAUUUGAUGAUUUAUGCACAGUAUUUAAGGAAAAUGUAUUUAGUUAUUUAUUUCAAUUUAACACUGUGUUCUGCUGUUAUCUAAUUUAUAUUUGAUUUUAUUCAUAUUUGAUGGUGUCCUAUAUUCCAUGCAGCCAUCUCCUCCUCAUGCUCUCCCAUAGUGUGAUGGUGUGACGGCCAAGAUUAAAGAGAUAGAAUUUUGAUUUAAGAUUUGAGUUGGAUUUUACAAGAGGGUGCAUGAAACAAUUGAAUACAAGCGCAAAUAACACUGCAGAUUUUAUCACCAUGAUAAUGUGGAUCUAACGUAUGAGUGAAUUUGGAGUGAAAUUAAAUGUGUGUGAGGCAUUAAUACUUUUUAUAGUUCUUCUCACACUUUCUGCAAUCUAACUUGAGUUCACUAACUCACCAUUUGUGUCGCCAGUUCCCCUUGUCUCCAGAAUGUCAGAGUUCUCCCAUCAAGUUUGUUUUUAAUAGAUCACAACCUUUGUGUGGAAAGUCACGCACGUUUCUAGCACCGUUUUGUAAGUACGCAACAUUUAUAAAUGAGACCCCAGAUCAGUAUUUGGCCGCUGCAUGUGUCUAGUUGUUGUUUAGCAACUCAUGUCAUAAGCAACUCAUAUCACGUGUCUUUCCCUUACUUAUUAAUCCUAAUUUAAUUAUAUUCUUUGCUACUUGCAAAGUGUGCUUUGACUGAGCAUGUGGGAAUAAAUUCUUACUGUUCAUUGACAUAAGCUAAUGCAUUAGGUUUCAUGAAGUAACAAUGAAGUUUUAAAUGAAAUUUUUACUGCAUCUUGUUAAAUGUUCUUACUAUUGUCCAUUGUUAGUUCAAGUUCAUAAUAGUUUAUCAAAAUUUACACAGCUUGAAAUGUAUUGAAAAUGUAUUAGUGUGUUAACAACUUUAUCUUAUUAUGUCAAAAAAUUGAAUCUUUGAAUUAUUUCUGGUGAAUUGCUCGACUGUGGACUUGUGUACGACGUUUCUCUUGUUCAUUGUCAUGUCAUGUCUUUUAGUAAGUGUUCCUUUCGAACACUAAGUUUCUUUCUGUGUUUUGGAUCACCAUUAAAAUCAAAUCAGAAAUA